AUGGACGGUUUAUGCCUUUUUCAUUGUCUUAUUUCAUUGUAUUUUUAUUGUUUCUAUAUACAAGUAGUCGUGUCCGCCAUUUUCGCCACUGUCUUUUUCAGGUUGUGGGUCGGGCCUGGGCUUGAGCUCGAGUUCCUCCAUCUCUCAUCGACCGGCGUCUGCCGGAUAGGGGCCUCGACAUGCAACCCUGAACAUGCGCGCAGGUUGCCCGACAACCACCAUCUCGAAAGCAAACGUGGAGACCAACAACUCAACAUGAGUGGAAGACCUGGCUCCGUUAAUCGAACAGCAGUUCUGCUUGCUUCCACAGUCAACGACAAGAUACCCGUGGAAAUCUUAACCAUAAUUUUCAAGCACUUAUAUGCGUCGUCCAUGAUUCUCUCAGAAGACUCCAAUACCUCUCCUGAUGUUUUCUAUCGCAAGAAAGACUGCGGUACCGAUCCAGCGUCUGAAUUACGCAAGCCGCACGUCGCCACGUUCUCCUUUCACCUCCAAAUUGCAGCUUCUGUGUGCCGUUUAUGGAGGGAAAUUUUGAAGACCAUGCCAGAAUAUAAGACGCGCCUCCUCGUCUGCCUUGACCAGCGCUCUCUUGGCCUCAAACGUCUAAAAGCUCAAGUUUCUGGCACGAACAACCUUCCUCUCGAUGUUUUGGUUACUAGGAAAGAUUUCGAGGCCGAGGACGAGGAAGACGAAGAGCAAGGAGAUUUCGAAAGGUCGCGUAUGCGAGCCGUCAUGGAUUGGCUUUCUCCCCUCCUCCCACGAAUCAGGACAUUCGUCUGCAACACGAAAUUUGCGUCGUCUCUACCCUACAUCUCACAAGAUUUCCAUGGCCCCGCCGAGCAACUCCGGGUGCUCAAGCUCCAAUGCAAAGUGGACGACGAAUGGAACUACCGACUUCCAGAUGAGAUGGCCGUUAUGUACCAACCCGCAGAGAAGGAAUUCAUGUUCCCGAACCUUGCGACAAUCGUCCUGCACGGAUGCACGUUUCUCGACGCGUGCGCUGUGGCGGCUUGGAGGAGACAACUCGCCGGGAUGAGCAUCGACUCCCUCUGCAUCGCCAAAUUCACGACCCCAUCCCGCGAGAACGAUUACGGCGAGGUCCCUUACCAUGCCUACUCGUUCAAUCUCUACAUGCUCAUGAGCCGCAUUCGGGACAUAGGUUUCAUCGGACACCUCACUCUUCAGGAAAUAUUGCCAGAAUAUGACACCGGCCAAGUCGGCGAGGGCGGUACAGAGCCGGAGGCAGAUAAUUUGACUUUGCGCGAUCUAGAAGGAGGUGUCGCAGACGAGCUCAACUUCAUCAUCGCUGGACACAAAUGGUGCUCGUACCACAUUGUGAACACUGAUCUGUAUUGCGACCCACUCCCCAUGGCGCAUCAUCUUCGUAUCGAGAACGCCUUCGAUUCACCAGGAGCGAGCUUGAAGAAGGUCUUCGAACACUUUCCUGGACGCCGCCUGGACAUCGUCAAUUGCAAAGAAUUGACUGACGAACACCUCCAAAUCAUUGCUCAGAAGUGCAAGAAUCUGCGCUGGCUCUACCUUACCAACUGUCCCAACAUUACUGUUGAAGGCGUCAAGAAAAUGAUCUCCGCUCGACGCGACAUUGCAUCCCCGGACGACGCAGCCAGUGAUGGGGAAAGUGACGCAGAAGACGGCCGAGAAUGCACCAGUGCCGAUGAUAUAAAGCUUAAUCCCGACUCCAAGGCGUAUGCCGAUAGCUCGCCAAGGAGAAUGAGCCGCCUCCAUAUCGCGCAGCACCCCACAAAAUUGACGGAUGAUGAACGAGUCUGGUUCAAGAAUUCCGGCGUGAAAUCAUUCUCUUGGGAGUAG